AGUUGGCAGUUUGCACUUGGUCUCAGUCAGUCGUCUUUGUGUCUGCAUAGUCUGAGCUCCCGGAGACCGAGAAACGCACGAUCUGCAGCCGGAUAGCUGGAUCUUCGUCGUCGGCAAUGGAGUUUUGCCCUUCUGUAAAGAACAUACUUCUUCUUGAUUCAGAAGGGAAGAGAAUUGCUGCCAACUACUUUUCAGAUGACUGGCCUACUAUUGGUGCCAAGGAAGCUUUUGAGAAAUCAGUUUUUACCAAGACACAAAAAACAAAUGCCAGAACGGAGGCCGAGAUAACUAUUUUUGAGAACUACAUUGUCGUCUACAAGUUUGUUCAAGACUUGCACUUCUAUGUUACUGGCGGUGAAGAUGAAAAUGAACUCAUUCUGGCUACUGUUCUUCAAGGGUUCUUUGAUGCUGUUGCUAUCCUACUCAGGGACAACGUUGACAAAAGAGGGGCCCUUGAAAAUCUCGACCUAAUUCUCUUAUGCAUAGAUGAAAUUGUUGACGGAGGGAUUGUUCUGGAAACCGAUGCAAAUAGCAUUGCAAGUAAAGUAGCGGGACAUAGUAUGGAUUCGGGAGCAUCAUUGUCCGAACAGACAAUUAGUCAGGCACUUGCCACUGCCCGAGAACAUCUGGCUAGAUCUCUUCUCAAGUAAUGAUAUUUACCCUUUCAAAAAAAAAAGUAUACACAAAUACAUAGGGACGGAUUCAGCUGUGU